CAUCUCUUCGCGCCGCCGGGAAGCGUCCCCUGUUUCCAUGGCAACCGUCUCAGCUGGGCCUAGCCACGUGGAAAGCCUCUAGCGCUGCAGAGCCGUUCCCCCAAAAGAUGUUCGGGAACUCGGCGGUGAGCGGGGUUGACGUUGAGUCGGUGUGGAGGAAGGACGAAGGGGCUCGCUGCGAGGAGGGAAGCACCCAGACUGGGGCGAUCUCCACUGCAGAAGCAGCAACUCAAUCCCGCAGCUGUCGAGAUGCCGGCAUACAGACGGACACAGGCGAAGGUCUGGCCCAAGCGCAAGGCUUUCAGUCCCCAGUGGCUGUGGAUUAUGCCGGUCUGCUCUCCUUCCUGCAGAGCGUGGAAGAAACUGUCAUCAGGGAACUUGACAAAAACUGGAAAAGCCAUGCUUUCGAUGGCUUCGAGGUGAACUGGGCAGAUCAGAACGAAACGGUUUCCUGCCUGCACAGUUUAUCGUACCCUGAAGCUCAAGAGCAGAAGCUGCAAGUCACCUGCGUCUCGUGGAAUGCCACCGGGGCCGUCAUUGCGUGUUCGUAUGGCAAAUUGGGUGAUGGAGACUGGAGCACAGAGAGAUCAUAUGUCUGCACCUGGAAUCUGGAUCGCAGAGCGCUCAACCCGAAACGCCCGGAUGUGAUUGUGGAGAUCCCCAGCUCCGUGAUGUGUUUGGCUUUCCAUCCAGUGCAGCCUUCUCUCAUAGCAGGAGGCCUUUUCAGUGGGGAGGUCCUGGUCUGGGACACCAGCAUGCUCGAAGACCCCUUGGUUUGGAGGACGGGUCUGACCGACGACACGCACACGGAUCCGGUUUAUCAGGUUGGCUGGCUGCAAGAUACCAAGCACGGGCAACCCUUCCGCAUCCUGAGUGUCUCCACUGACGGGAAGAUCCUGGUGUGGCAGGAAGAGAGAGGCGGCCUCCUCCGGACUGCAAGCGGCUUCGCUUUGGUAUCGCAGCAGAUUCCCAGGAGCACUAAGAUGAAGAAGCAUGCCCGAGGAGACGUGGCCGUGGGGGUGACCUCCCUCGCCUUCUCCCACUUUGAGCCCAGCGUGUUUGUGAUUGGCACGGAAGGCGGCUACCUGCUGAAAUGCUCCACAGCCGCAGAGACACUGGCCCAUCUCCAGAAGGACAGCUCUGUGCCCCUCAAGGCGCCUGCCCAGCUUGCUUUCUCCCCUCACAGAGGCCCCGUCUACUGUGUAAGCUGCUCGCCUUUCCACAGGAAUCUCUUUUUGAGUGGAGGGACAGAUGGCCACGUUCAUUUGCACUCCAUGCUCCAAGCUCAGCCCCUCGUUUCCCUUCAGUUAUCAAAGAAAUACAUCUUCAGUGUGAAAUGGUCUCCAGUACGGCCCUUGGUCUUCGCAGCCGCUUCUGGUGAGGGGGAAGUGCAGCUGUUUGACUUUGGGAAGAGCACCCAGAAGCCCCUGGUUUCUAUCAAGCAGACCUCCGAGCAGGCUGCCGUCUACUGCGUGGAGUUCAACAAGAGACAGGCCCAGCUGCUGGCUGCCGGGGAUGGGGACGGCGUGGUCAAAAUCUGGCAGUUAAGUUCAGACUUCACCGAAGAGGGACCACGGGAUAUGGCCCAGCUUGACCAGCUCGCAAACGAGGUCACAGACUGACAUGGACAAUUUAAAUAAAUAAAUAAAUAAAUAAAUAAAUAA